AUGGGAACAUCGUCGCGACGUUCUAAGAAAAGACGUGGCGAUGAUGAGGAUUCCGACGAUGGUCGGCGAAAUAGGGAUCGAAAUCAUUCCAGUUCCAGAUCAAGGUCCCCUUCACCGAAGCCUAAAAAAUCGCGCAGACGCGAAAAAGAAAAGGAAUCCAGUCCACCUCCGAAAGAAGAAUUUGCGGAGUCGCUGUCUAUUGAAGAGACUAACAAGCUUCGUGCGAAAUUGGGAUUAGCUCCACUGGAGAUCAAUGAUGGCCCCAAGGCGUACCAAUGUUUUCGAACAGUGCGCCAGCGUGCUAUCGCUGGCUUCGUUCACGAGAAGCUGAAGAUGGUACAACAGUUCAUGUUGAAGAUGGCUUCGAGUUUCGGCAUAAAAAGCCAGAAAACUGGAGUGAUAAGAAGAAGGAACAGGAGAUGA